AUGUCAAAUCCUUCCACCUGUACUGGAGUUCAGAGUCAAUUGUCAGUAGACCGAGUCCUGGGAAAUAUUAACCAACGAAACAUCAUAGAGACCGAAAUCCUACAAAAAGAAAACGAGACUCUCAACUCCCUACAGGUGACUCUAUUGGACGUGCAGAAGAAAAGCGAUGAGGCUGAGAAGAAGCUGAAACAUACAGCAAGGGACCUCCUUAUCGUGGAGGAUGACAUGAUACAUUUAGAGCAGAAGAUGCAGGCUGGACAUGACCAAUGUGCCUCCAUCACAGUGGAAAACACCAAACUCCUGGAGCAAAUAAAUGAGGGGGAGGAGAAGGCCUGCAUGCAACGGGCUCAGUUUGACCUUUAUCGAAAAAAGAUGGAGGACCACAGGCAGGCGGUUCUGCGUGUGGUGGGCCAGACUGAUACUUGCGAAGAGAAGAGGACACUUGUCCAGAAACUAAGGAAGGCCAAGGAGGAGCUGAAGGAGGAUUUAAAAAAUCCACAUGGAGUCAAUGUCCAGUCGGCAAAGAGAGAAAUUGCUGCGCUGAGAGUGGAGAUUGAAGAGAUGAUGAAAAAUAUAGUGCAGAAGAGGGAAAGUCUUCAGAAAGAAUUGAAAACCCAUGCUCAGAUCAAGCAAGACAUUGAGGGGCAAACCAAGCGCUUUGACGCCAUCAGCAAGCACCUUCACUGUCAAAUCAGCAAGACCCAGGCUGCCCGCAGGCUAAUGUCCAGAGACAUCAACCACAUGGAGAGACGGAAAGCUGAGCUCCAAAGGCAGCUGGGAUCGUCCAAUGACUCUGCUCAGUGCGAAAUCAAAUUUGGCAUGUAGCACGAGUUGCUACUACAACCAACCAGCAGAGGGCAGUAAUGUCAAAUAAAUACAUCAUCUAAUACGGUCCAAACCCUGACGUGACUAAUAUUCGAUCGCGUUUAAAUAUCUACAAUAUUUAUUUGCUUGUUAUUGCUGAAUAUUGUUUUACAUCGAUAUGCCCAGAAUACAUUUUGUCUCUGAACGAAUUCAGCUGGAUUUUUUUUUUGGUCAUCAGCUCAUCUCAACCACAGCAAUCCGAACAAAAGCUUCAACUGUCGAUAUGUUUUUGGUACACACUGUCCCAGCUUCCGCCUGAAUGGUUCGCUUGGAAUAAGGCAAAGUGACAGUCCCACUGCAGGCUAACAAGAUUGUGCCACGUCGAGCAUAUCGCAAAAACGAAAUUGCAAUAAUUAGUCGAAUUGGCGUUUUCUGCACAUUACUGUCAUAUGGGUUCUUUGUCCUGUUCAGUAAAAAUACAAUAAAGUUUCAGCGUUACUUUAAUGCACAUUGUAUUCAUGC